AUGCCCCAACCAAAUUCCGCCGCAGUUAACCGCUCCAUGCUCAACUAUAUCCACAGAAACCUCCCCGCUGCCGCCCUCGGCGUUUUCGCCAAGCACAUCCAACAAUGUAGGUCCUCUCUCAGCAUUGAUGAAGUCACUGUCUCUCUUGCUGUCAAGGCCUGCCAAGGCGACCCCAAACCCGGUUGCCGAAUCCACGCCUUUACGGUUUUGUCUGGGUUUAUCUCCCAUGUUUCAGUGUCAAACUCCUUGAUGAUUAUGUACAUUAAAGCCGGGAGGUUCAAUAGUGCUGUGUGUAUCUUUGAGGGACUGUGUUACACCUAUGUUGCACGGAUACGGCAGUCAGAGGCGUGUCGCUUGUCUUGGAAUACUGUUCUUUCGGGGUUUCGGACGAGUGAGGGGGCACUGAGUUUUGCUCAAAGGAUGCAUCCGAAUGGGAUUGGUCUGGACCCGGUGACGUACUCUACAGUUCUUGCUUUUUGUGGGGAGUAUGAGGAUUUUGUGUUUGGACUGCAACUGCAUUCUCUUGUGUUUAAGGAUGGGUUGGAUUGUGAGGUUUUUGUUGGGAAUGCAUUUAUUAGCAUGUAUUCGAGGUGGAGGCGUUUGAGAGAAGCAAGGAAUGUGUUUAAUGAAAUGCGGAAAAGGGAUGUGGUUUCGUGGAAUGCAACACUAUCGGGUUACUCUCAAGAGGGUAAUCAUGGCCUUGAGUCGGUUAUACUCUUUGUUGAAAUGGUGAGACAAGGAAUGAAACUGGAUCAUGUGUCGUUUACUAGUGCAGUUUCAGUUUGCGGUCAUGAGAAGAAUUUAAGAAUUGGGAGACAGGUACAUGGCUUGACAGUGAAAUCACGAUAUGAAAAUCAUGUUUCAGUUGGGAACGUGUUGACCUUGACCUAUGCAAAAAGUGGUGUCACUGAAGAUGCAGAGUUGGUGUUUCAGCACAUGAAGAAUCGCAAUGUAAUUUCCUGGUCUACAAUGAUUUCUAUGGAUGAAGAGAAUGCCAUCUCUUUAUUUAAUGAGAUGAGAUCUGAUGGAGUAUAUCCAAAUGAUGUUACAUUUGUUGGACUAAUCCAUGCUAUAUCAACAAGGAAGUUGGUGGAAGAAGGCCUCAUGAUUCAUGGAUUUUGCACAAAAAUUGGAUUUUUGUUGAAGCAUAAUGUUUGCAAUAGCUUUAUCACUAUGUAUGCUAAGUUUGAGUCCAUGGAUGAUUCUCUCAAGGUUUUUGAGGAGUUGGACUUCAGAGAAAUCAUAUCAUGGAAUGCUUUGAUCUCUGGCUAUGCUCAGAACAGGCUAUGCCAGGAUGCACUGGGAACAUUCUUGUCAGCAAUUGGGGAGUACACAUUUGGUAGUGUCUUGAGUGCGAUUGGCGAUGCUCAUGACAUUUCCCUGAAGUACGGCCAGUGCUGCCACUCCUUUUAUAAGCUUGGAUCAGUCAUUGACCCAAUUACAGCAGGUGCUCUUCUUGAUAUGUAUGCAAAGCGAGGGAGCAUUUGCAAGUCCCAAAGAGUUUUCAGUGAGACUCCUCAGAGAACUCAGUUUGCUUGGACAGCAAUAAUAUCUGCAUAUGCUGGUCAUGGAGACUAUGACUCGGUAAUCGAGUUGUUUUACCAGAUGGAUAAAGAAGGGGUAAGAUCUGACGCGAUCACAUUUCUUUCUGUACUAAGCGCAUGUAGCUGAAAGGGAUCAGUUGAGAUGGGGCACCAUUUUUUUACAAUGGUGAAUGACUAUCAGAUUGAACCAUCUCCUCAACAUUAUGCUUGUAUGGUGGACAUGUUGGGACGAGCAGGAAAGCUGGAUGAAGCAGAGAAAUUGACAAGUCAGAUGUGAGGACAGCCGAUUUUUUCUCUGUUGCAAAGCUUGCUUGGGGCUUGCACGAUUCAUGGGAAUGUGGAGAUGGCUGAAAGAGUUGCAGAUGCUUUAAUGCUAAUGGAGCCAACUGAAUCGGGUUCAUAUGUGCUGCUGUCUAACUUGGAUGCAGAGAAAGGGGACUGGGAAAUGGUGGCAAAAAUAAGGAAACAGAUGAGAGAUAGGGGAGUAAGGAAGGAAGUGGGAUUUAGUUUGUUGGAUAAUGGUGAUGCUGAUGGUUCUUUGUAUCUUCACGGGUUGUCAGGUGAUAGAUCUCACCACAGGUCUGAAGAGAUAAGUGGAAUGGCAAAAUUCCUAGGAUUAGAAACGAAGUUUUUGAGAGAGAACAUGUCUGAGAAUGACUUACUGAAACAAUUAAGUCAGUGACACACAUUCUCAAGUCCCUCAUGAUGAAAGCUUGUGUUAGUACUUUGUAACAUUAAUUUUCAAAUUCUUGAUCUUUUACUCUACGAUGGAAGUAUCAUUGCUACUUGAAAGACAGCCAAAAUUAUAUGAUUGAUCGGCUACAAUGUGGGACUGUUCUAGUGGUCAGACUGUUGUUAUAGCUUGUUGAGGAAGGACUGCUCAGACUGCUAUGAUGAGGUAUAUCAGGCUUUAUACUGGUAGUUUCAGUCACUGUUCUAGUGGUGACUUUUGAGCUUUUCAUUAUGGUUAUUUAGAGGAAUCGGUUUCGGUUUGUAGAGAGGUGCCAAUGAAGUUCAUGGACAAUGCAGUGUGUUUAGAAUGCGAAGCUAAUGGAAUCCGAGUCAAAUAUGUACUGACCAUUGAUGGGAACGAUGGGAUUUAGCUCAAGAUAGUGUUACAAUCUUAAAAUGUAAG